UCCUCAGCUCAAGUAGAAAGCUUAUCAUUAGCUUAUAGAAUUCUCAUAACAUUCUUUUACACACAAUCUCACAGAGAGAAACAAUGGACGGUAGGGGAGGGUGUUGCAUAGCUAGGUACGCCAUUGGCUCUGAGCCCUACGAUCUUUCCAAAGCAGAUCGCAUCAUGCUUAGGUUUCGUCCCAUCGCUCCUAAACCAGCCAGUGACGGCGGAGUAAAGCCCGUAUCCAGCGGAGAUAGCGGCGGUGGAAGCUCUGACGUUUCUUUUAUUAGGGCUGGUAGAAGAAAGAGGAAAUGCCAUCAGAGUAAGGUUAACGGUGGUGGUAACGCUAAUAAGAGGUGCACCCGGCGGAAGAAGACAUCGGAGAAAUCUGUGACUCACGGCGGCGCUAAUGCGGUGACUCUUUCUCUCUUACCGGAGAAACCUGCGGUUACGGAUCUGAUGGCGGUGGAGAAGGAGAAGCGUCAGGGUCCGUUAUGGUUGAGUUUCAGCGACGGCGGUGGGAUGUUUACUCCGGUUGUGCAAAGGACGGUGGUGAUUUCGUCGUGUAUGACGGUGGAACGUGUAACGGACGCUUGGAUCGAGGGUUACGGUUUGGGUAGGUCAGAUGAAGAAAGGAAGAUGAAUCUUGUGAGAGACACGUGCCCUGGUUUCAUAUCCGACGGUUCGGGGAGAGUCACGUGGACGAACGACGCUUAUCGGAAGAUGGCUAGGGAUAACAUUCCUGUGGAAGAAGUUUCACCGGAGAUAAUAAACGGAGAUAGUAGUUUUCACGUGAUGGUACGGUUGGUGAUGAGGGAGAGGCCGAUGCUAACGUCACCUGGUUUCACAUGCAGAGUGAAACUACAGCACACGUGUCAAAGUCGUGAGAGAGGCUCAUCAGUGACGGUGCCUUGCGACGUGUGGAGAAUGGAUCACGGUGGUGGAUUUGCUUGGAGGCUCGACGUUAAGGCCGCUUUGUGCCUUUGAUAUCACCGUCAGAUCAACUAUAUAUAUCGGCGACGAACGGUCUCGAUUGUUACAUUACAAUGAUCCUCCGCGUAACAUUAUUCGGACAACUUAUUAGAUUUUCUAAUUACUUAACUAACGUUAAUUAUAUGCCGUCUUUGUUCUGUUUGUUUCUUCAAGAUAUUUAGAGUUCUUGUAAAAAUGCAUUUUUUUUCUUCUUCUUCUUAGUUCUUAACGCGUUUGUGGUGAUAAAUUCUCGAGUUUGUUGUUUAAAGUUAACCAAUGAAGGGAAAAUAUGUAUGUAUUUUAAUGCGUUUUUUGUC